ACUAGACUACAAGCCAUCAAACGCUCUUAGGCAGUCUUAGCUGUCUAGACUUGACCUUGUUUUUCAGAUGACUUUCGAUUUUAUUCCGGAUCCAACUCCAAACGCGAGAGGCCAUUCCAUUUCAAAUACUGUGUCUCGAGAGGUGGAUUUGUGUGCUUUUGCAGCCAAACGUCAUGUGUAAGAAAGACAAGGAAAAGCGUCGAUCCGCUUCCAGUCGCACGCCAACCCGCGGUGCAUCCGUACGACAGUCGGACUCAGAACUGUCAGAAGACUCAGAACAUUCAAAGAAUACUUCACACCAUGGAACGGACAGGCGACAAACUAAAACUUGGUUUUGCCCAUACUGUGACAAGUCGAUCGGAAAAGGAAGGCGCAGCAAUGUUGUACGACAUGUGUUGGGGGGACACAGAAACAAUAAAUAUCCCUGCGUGAUAUGGCGAAAUGGACUGCGCGAUCCGUCAGACCGACAGGAUUAUCUUCAUGGUCGGUUGCCGAAGAAAUGUCUCUACUAUCGCCUGUAUCAGGACGAAGCCAUGACCAAGCUGGGAGGACGAAUAGACGGAGUGUGGGAAGUGAGCGAGAAAAAGCAUGCCAUCGAACUGCACCCCAUAGACCUAAAAGAAGGCACGAAGCUGCGGAAGAACGCUCAACACAGGCAGAACAUACAAGCGUACGAGAAUUCAUCGCAGAGUUCUGAGCUGCCUAUGCCACUGACGUCAGCGAAACGCUCAACCGGUACAAAAUCGGCCGCAUCUCGUAAGCGUCGCUUUUCCAGUUCUUCGACGGACAGAUUGGAUCCCGAAGAUCCUAAAGAAGGGAUAAAAUUACGGAAUGACAGACAGUACCGGAACAGCGUCCCCGUAUCGGAGAUCUCGUCGGGAAGUUCUGAGCUACCUGUGCCAAUAACACAGCGUGCGGCCGUUACCAAACCCACAUCACGUAAACGUCGCUUUUCCAGUACUUCCUCGGAUAGACUGGACCUAGCCGGAAGGUCGUCGCCAGUCGCAGGAACCAGUACGCCGGGUUUACCGGAGAAAAACAUAAGUGCAUUUUCAAAGGACCUUUACGAUUCGGGCAGAGGGUCGACGACGCCGGGCGAUACCUUUCUUGUUACGGUAUACAAUGCAGACGGUACUGCAGCAGCCCAAGUUACCGUCCGCGGUACUUUUCCACCGAAGAUCACCGUAGCGAAGAAGUCAGCAGGCAUACAGAUCCAAAGCGAAUGGGAAACUGAAGGAGCUGUACACUACACACCUGGCCGUUCAACGGAGCAAGAUGAGGCUGUUGUAGGUUUUCGAUCGCGAAAACAAACAAAAACGUCAUCAGAAGCGCCACCUCGGGAUCGCUCUCUAGAUCGUGCAGUGAGUUAUUUGAUGAGCUUGUAAAGAAACUGAUGCCUUUGUUGACGUAGCACUUGAUCUACUACUCCUACCAAGUAACUGGUCAAAUAUUACUUCAAAUUGAAAAGUUAAAUAACUGAGUGUUGUUAAACUAGUAGACUGUGUUGUUCGAUUAGCAUUAACGUGAUCCUUAAUGUUGGUGUCA